CAUUUAUCCGCAUCGGCCUCAUUGAAGCGCGUUCACCAGGUUGCCCGAAGAGUUCGUUGAACGCGCGCCGAUCUACUCGAAACUGAAUUAAGCUCCAAACACUUGUUUGGAAGAUGACACAAGUGCAGGACAUGGAAGUCAUCGAAUUGAUGUCAGAUGAUGAAGAAAAUUUAAAUCAAGUUCAAUCUAAAGUGUAUAAUAGUUGCAUCAAUUUUAAAUGUCGUUCUGGAGUAAAUAUGAAACUGGCACCUUCUUUUGCGUGUGCUUAUUAUGGAGUCACCAUUGAGAAAAAAAAGAAGAAGAAACGUAUGAUAUGUAAAGAAUGUUUUUAUACUGCUCUGCAGCAUCAAAAGCAAUUAGUGAAGGCCUUUAUGGAAAAUAAAUCACUGUUAGACUGUGAUUUUCCAGACCAUACAAUGGAAGUAGAAAUUUCUGAUAGCGAUGAUUCUGAUGACGAGAAGAAAAAGGGACCGAAAAAUGAUGAUGAAUAUAUACCAGAAGAUGUACUUUUGGACAUUAAGGAUAAAUUUGAUGAUAUGUUAUUACAUAUUUGCAAAAAGUAUAAUUUAGAACAACAUACAAAGAAAGUGUGUGAUAGCCUGGAAAAGAAAUGGCAAAACAUACAUGCGACAAAUGAAUCUAUUAGUACUGAAAUACGGGAAGUGAUGAAUAACAUGGAUAGAUUGCGUAACUCAUUGUAUGAUGACUUUAGACCACAAAUUAAAAUGAUUGAAGAACUUCAAAUAGACGAUGGUAGUAUACAAAAUAUUCCUCCGCUUGUGGCAACAAAGAAAGUGACGCAAAUACGUGUUCCGUCUACCACUUUAUCGCAAGAUAAUCAAUUGGAGAUUUUAGCGAUAGAACCACCGACCACCAAGAAGAUUAUGGUUCAUAAUUUACCAGCGGCAUGCGGUCCGCUCGUAAAGCCAACUCCAGAACCAGAUAGUAACGUUUAUAUUACGAAGAACCCAAUUAUGCCCUGGAUUAGAGCUAAAGUUCUUAGUAUAACUUCAAAAAAUCCAUGGCUCUUUCGUGUUAAACUAAUGCAAAAGAAGUACAAUGGAGCAGUCAAAACUGUUUAUGGCAACUUGUUAGCAUUAGCCGAACCGAGCAAAGUCGUGAUCCCAGUUAGAACGCGUGUUGUUGCCAUAUUUCACGAUGUCAAUGCUAGUAAUUACUAUAGUGGAAUAAUUGCCGAGCCACCAAAGUCUACAAAUAAGUUUAGAUAUUUGGUAUUUUUUGACGACGGUUAUGCUCAGUACGUAUACCAUAAAGAUGUCUAUUUGGUUUGGGAAACCUCACUGCGCGUUUGGGAAGACGUUCCCAGCGAAUCACGAGAUUUCGUGAAGAAGUACUUCGAAUCGUACCCCGAAAGACCGAUGGUAAAACUACAACGUGGUCAAAUGGUCAAGACUGAAUGGAAGGGCAAAUGGUGGCUCGCGAAAGUCAUACAGGUCGAUGCGAGUUUAGUCCAGAUGCAUUUUGAGGCCGACGGUAGAACCGAAUGGAUUUAUCGUGGAUCGACUAGAUUGGGUCCUCUGUUCCUCGCAGUUUUGAAAGCCAAUACGAGACAACUUCAACAAUCAAGGAACACGCAUACUCGACAUCGCAUUCCCGCCGCUUCUAAUAAAAGCAACUUGCCUUACGUUGAAUAUACAUCUAAUGUGGACGAAGAUGUAACGCAGACUACACAAGCGGAAAAAGCACCAAUUACAAGCACAGCAUCCAGCACACCGUCCACUGCACCGCAACAAUCGCGUGCAGUCGCCAAGAAAAGUACUGCCAAAAGACAAAGUAAUGUAGAAAGUACAACAUAUAAUUCUACGUUGGAAACGAAACCGUCACAUAGUAUUGUUUUUUACCACACGCAGAGGCGAUACGAACCGAAAAAAUACGUCUCUCACAAGUGUGGACCAAAAUGUAUUAAAGAUAUUAAAAUUUCUUACAAUGAACUCAAAGGACUCUCUUCUCCGCUCUCCAUUCCUCUGCUAUGUGGCUGGCAUCGUCAACUUUGUAAAUUCUCUAAGGGCAAGAAAGUUAUAAUGUAUCAAGCGCCGUGCGGUAUGAGCUUGCGAAAUAUGGAAGAGCUGCAUCAUUAUCUUCGUCUUACUGGAUCAACAUUGUCUGUCGAUCUGUACGAUUUCGACUACUGGGUGCGACCGUUUGCAGAUUUUAUUGUGGAGAAAUGCUUCAUCAAUAUCAAAGAUCUCAGUUAUGGCGUGGAAAAUAUUCCAAUACCAUGCGUAAACGAUUUGGAUCACACUCAGCCGGAUACCAUAAGAUACACAACACGUCGCGAGCCGACGGAAGGUGUUAACUUAAAUCUGAAUCCUGCAUUUUUGUGCAGCUGCGAUUGCGAGGACGAUUGUCAGGAUAAAACAAAAUGUCAAUGCUGGCAAUUAACGAUACAAGGAGCCACUUUAGGAGGGAAAGUGCCGAAUAUUGCCGUUGGUUACAUUUAUAAACGUUUGCCAGAAGCGGUGACUACAGGAAUAUACGAAUGUAAUUCAGGAUGCAAGUGUUCGGUGAAAACUUGUCUCAACCGAGUGGUGCAACAUCCUCUCGGUUUAAGAUUGCAAGUGUUUAAAACGGGAGUGCGUGGUUGGGGCAUAAGAUGUCUCAAUGACAUUCCGCAUGGUGCUUUUAUCUGCAUAUAUGCAGGGCGAUUGCUCACUGAACAGGGCGCGAACGAAGGAGGCAAGAAUUACGGCGACGAAUACCUAGCGGAGUUGGAUUAUGUGGAAGUGGUGGAAGGUUUCAAAGAAGGUUACGAAAGCGAUGUUCUUGAUCCAGAAAUGCCCGAAAUAUCAACUGCGAAGAAUGAUGAUGAGAAGAACACCGCUGACGCGAGCGACGAGGAAGAAAAUACGAAGGAACACGAAGAAGAGGACGCUACGAAGGAAGAUUCGGAUGAAGAUUUCAAUAUCGACACUUACGUAGCUCUCAAUAAAGAUUUCUUGGAAACAACUGCGGAAUCUUCGUCCAUUAGGAAACGUUUGAGAAAACGAAAAAGAGGAGAGGCGGACGUGUCCGAAGAGAAUAGUGACGACGGAAAGGUUACGACGAAAGGCUCGAAUAGUGCGACAAAAUCAUCCACGAAUGAGAAUCGUACGACGGAUCAGGAUACGAUUAACAUAAGCGACGAUGAUGAAAAUAGAAACGAUGUCAGAGAACCGAGUAGAUUCGAGCCAAGUAUGGAGCCGAAGCAAAUAGAGAGAUCACUAACAUUCAAGUCCGUGAGAGAGUACUUCGGCAAAGACGAAGCCGUUUACGUCAUGGAUGCCAAAACUACUGGAAAUAUCGGUCGUUAUUUGAAUCACUCCUGCGAUCCAAAUGUAUUUGUGCAAAAUGUUUUUGUCGACACGCAUGACGUGCGUUUUCCAUGGGUGGCAUUUUUCGCAUUACAGUAUAUAAAAGCUGGACAAGAAUUAACAUGGAAUUACAGUUACGAUGUAGGCAGUAUACCGGGCAAAGUUAUUAUUUGUAAAUGUGGUGCAGCAAAUUGUAGAGGUCGUCUUUUAUGAAUUAUUAAUUUUGUAGUAAUAAACUUUGCUCUUUAUAGAUAUACAAAUUUUCACUAGCAAAAUCGGCAAUUGAUAAUAUAUGAUACAAGCAUCAUAUUGCUAUCAUCAUUUAUGACGAUUAAUAGCUGUAUGUAUGAUUUUUUUAACAUAAAAAUAUAUUCUCUACUUUUUUUAAUUCGGAAGAUAUAUAUAUU